GCCGCUUUCAACACCAAACGGAGAAGGACGGUGAGGAGAAUAGGACCCAUUUCCACCUUCUGAGCGAACAGCUGCCCGCCCCUGCCCGCCCCUCAGUAGGGUUCCCGCUGAGCGCUUUCCGGGACCUCGGCAUCACCGGUCUCCACAGCGCCCGGAGGCGGCUCGCGGAGCUUUGUGCUCGUUCCACAUCGCAGAGACGGAGGUUCUGGGCUGCCGCGGUCUGGAGAGAGGGAUCAUCGGAGGCCGCAGGACCAGCUCUGUAGCCUCCACCCACGGCCUCGCUCCACCCGCUGGGUCCCAUGGCUGCGCCCGCGCGGGCAUUGGUAUCAUUAGAAGAUGUGAUUGUGACCUUCACUGGGGAGGAAUGGAAGCAUCUGAACCUGGCCCAGAGGACCCUCUACCAGGAGGUAAUGCUGGAGACUUGUGGGCUCCUGGUAUCACUGGGGCAUCCUGUUCCCAAACCAGAGCUGAUUUACCUAUUGGAUCAUGGGAAGGGACUAUGGACAGAGAAGAGAGGCCUCUCCCAAAGCACCUGUGCAGGUGAAAAAGCAGAAUCCAACACCACAGUGCCUACUGCUUCUCAACGGACCUUCUGUGAGAAAUCCUCUUUCCAAGAACAAGUGGCACAGAGGUUCUCAAAGGAUUCCAGAUUGGGGCAAACCAGAGAUGAGGAAAGGCUGUCAGAAAUGCAGGAAAGGAACUGGAGACCAGGAGCAGAUCCCUAUAAGGAAACAUGCUCUGGAAAGUUGUGCCAUAAACAUGAUGCUUUGGAAACAGAUGAUAAUCUAUGUUUAAGAGUUUUACAGGAGCGAGUCACUCCACAAGAUGCUGUCCAUGAACAUGACUCCAAAAGACCAGGAAAAGACACUGGAGUUGACGAAAGGAACAGCCCAUAUAAAUGCAAAGAAUGUGGGAAAGGAUUUAGCAAGAAUUGGGCGCUUGUUCGACAUCAGCAGAUUCAUACUGGAGUAAAACCUUAUGAAUGCAAUGAAUGUGGGAAAGCCUGUCGUUACAUGGCCGACUUCAUUCGACAUAUGAGGUUUCAUACUGGGGAAAAACCAUACAAGUGUAUUGAGUGUGGGAAGGCCUUCAAACGCAGGUCUCACCUCACAGAGCACCAGCGUGUUCACACUGGAGAUAAGCCCUAUGAAUGCAAAGAAUGUGGUAAAGCUUUCACCCACCGCUCUUCUUUCAUGCAGCACAAUAUGACCCACACUAAAGAAAAGCCCUUUUUGUGCAAAGAAUGUGGGAAAGCUUUUUACUACAGCUCUUCAUUCGCUCAACACAUGAGGAUUCACACUGGAAAGAAGCUGUAUGAGUGUCAUGAAUGUAGAAAGGCCUUUACUCACCGCUCCACUUUUAUCCAGCAUAAUAUGACCCACACAGGAGAAAAACCCUUUUUGUGCAAAGAAUGUGGAAAAACUUUUUGUCUCAACUCAUCCUACACUCAACACAUGAGGAUUCACACUGGCGAGAAGCCCUAUGAGUGCCCCGAAUGUGGAAAGGCCUUUACCCAUCGGUCCACUUUUAUCAGGCAUAAAAGGACCCAUACUGGAGAAAAGCCCUUUGAGUGCAAAGAAUGUGGGAAGGCCUUUUGUGACAGCUCUUCCUUAAUUCAACACGUGAGGAUGCACACUGGUGAGAAGCCCUAUGUUUGCAGAGAAUGUGGAAAGGCCUUUACACACCACUCUGUUUUUAUCCGACAUAAUAGGACCCACAGUGGAGUAAAACCAUUGGAGUGUAAAGAGUGUACAAAAGCCUUUUACUAUAGCUCUUCCUUCAUUCGACACAUGAGGAUUCACACUGGAGAAAAGCCCUAUGUUUGCAGAGAAUGUGGAAAGGCCUUUACCCAACCUGCAAAUUUUGUUCGGCAUAAUAGGAUCCAUACUGGAGAAAAACCCUUUGAGUGCAAAGAGUGUGAGAAGGCCUUUUGUGACAACUUUGCCUUAACUCAGCACAUGAGAACUCACACUGGAGAGAAACCCUUUGAAUGCAGUGAGUGUGGAAAGACCUUUAGCCACAGUUCAUCCUUCACUCACCAUCGGAAGAUUCAUACCAGAGUUUAACCCAUCUUGUCUCAUCAACCCAGAUGUGGAACACCCCUCGUAACUCAAACUGAGCAACAAGUACUGUGGUCACUCUGAAGUAUUGUUUUUAGGGUUUUAUUCUUUUGAGAAAAAUAAUAGGUGAAUUAUUUGAGCAUUUGACAAAUAUAUAUGUAUACAUUCAUAUAUAUACAUACACAUAUAUCCAUAUACAUACAUAUAUGUAUAUAAUGUAUGUGUGUGUGUAAUAUAAGCUCUAAAUUAUGGUUUCCAACCCAUUUUAAUGUACCUGUGUCAAUUUCAUUAAAAUAUUCACAGAAUUGGAAACUUGGGACUUGAUAAAAAUAGAUAGGAAGGUAUUUUGCACGUGCAUUCACCUCAGCCAACUUGGGGGAACAAAUACUGGUGGAAUACAUUUCCUUUUGAAUGUGAUUAUUGAGGAAAAUCUUUUGGCCAUAGAAAUUUCUUACUUAAUAUCUGAGAAUUCAUACUGAAAAGAAAUACCAUAACUGUCAUACCUGUGAUAUUAGUCAUCAUAUAAAGAAUUAUACUAGAAAUUGGCCCAGCCUAAGCCACAAGGAGAAUCAGUAGUUAUGAUGCAUUUAGGUAAAAUGUCAGCAACAACUUUCCUCUUACUUAUACCAUGAGUCUAAUGUGGAUAUUUUAAAGAAACAAGAAGAAAUGAAGGAAAAGAAUAGAACAAAAAAAGAAAUGCAGAUACAAUUCUUUUCCAGUUUCCCUCUCAAGCUCUGAUAAUUUGUCAUGAGGAAGGGAGAUGAGAGAUUAAAAAGGCCUCAUCCUCUGUCAGGAGAGUUGGAGCAUUAAGGAUGACUUUGCCAACACUUACCAAAAGCAUUGUUUGUUUAUUUCUACCUUCAAGUAGCAUACGAUUUUGUGAAAAACACAGGCUUGAGUCAUGAAAUACACACACACUUCUCUGCAGUGAAUUCUUGUUAUUCUUAGUUGUGUCCUAUGAAUUUGCAAUACACUGAAUUAGU